AUGGACAAAUACCCAUCUGCAUUAUUGGAGGAGGAGGAGGAGGAGGAGGUGGAGGUGGUGGUGGCUCAAGUCACCAAAGUCAAGGCCCCACCUGCAUUGGAGGUGGUGGCAUGGGAGGAGGAGGUGGAGGUGGUUCAGGGCACCAAGGCCAAGGACCCAUCUGUAUUGGUGGUGGUGGUGGAGGUAGUGGUGGAGGAGGUGGAGGUUCAGGUCACCAAAGCCCCAUCUGCAUUAUUGGUGGUGGUGGUGGUGGUGGUGGAGGUGGUGGUGGGGGUGGUUCAGGCCACCAGGGCCAAGGCCCCAUUUGCAUCGGUGGUGGUGGUAGUGGUGGUGGAGGAGGAGGUGGAGGUUCAGGGCACCAAAGCCAUGGCGCCGUCUGCAUUAUUGGUGGAGGAAGCAGUGGUGGUGGAGGAGGAGGUGGGAGGAGGUGGAAGUUCAGGUCACCAAAGCCAUGGCGCCGUCUGCAUUAUUGGUGGAGGAAGCAGUGGUGGUGGAGGAGGAGCAUGGGAGGAGGAGGAGGAGGAGGUGGAGGAGGAGGUGGUGGUUCAGGCCACCAGGGUCAAGGCCCCAUCUGCAUUGGUGGAGGUAGUGGUGGUGGAGGAGGAGGAGGUGGCUCCAGCCACCAAGGGCAAGGUCCCAUCUGCAUUGGUGGAGGUGGUGGUGGAGGUGGUGGUGGUUCAGGUCACCAGGGUCAAGGAUCCAUCAUCAUCAUUGGAGGAGGUGGCUCCAGUGGAGGAGGAGGAGGCGGAGGUGGAGGUUCUUUGCUCCAAGAUGUGCUCCAGACAGAGCUCUGGAGGUUGCCAUGGAAUGUCCUCCCAGUCCAGUGGAUGCCACAGUGGGGGCUCCUCCUGCCACGGGGGCAGCUCCUCCAGCCACCAGACACAGGGCUCCUCCUGCUGUGGGGGUUCAGGCUCAGGAAGCUCCAGUGGAGGCUCUGGCAAGAUCAUCAUCAGCUCUGGAGGUGGAGGAGGUGGAUCCUGCUGCAGUGGGGGCUCCUCAGGCUGGGGCAUGGGAGGAGGAUCCGGUGGUGGAAUGGGAGGAGGAUCAAAGAGCAUAAUGGGAGGUGGAGGUGGAGGAGGUGGUGGAGGAUCCUCUGGAUGUUGUGGUGGAGGAUCCAGUGGUGGAAUGGGAGGAGGAUCAAAGAGCAUAAUGGGAGGUGGAGGUGGAGGAGGUGGUGGAGGCUCCUCAGGCUGGGGCAUGGGAGGAGGAUCCAGUGGUGGAUCUUCUGGAACCAAGAUCAUCAUGGGAGGUGGAGGAGGUGGUGGAGGAUCCUCUGGAUGUUGUGGUGGAGGAUCUGGUGGUGGCAUGGGAGGAGGAUCAAAGAGCAUAAUGGGAGGUGGAGGUGGUGGUGGUGGAGGUUCCUCAGGCUGGGGCAUGGGGGGAGGAUCCAGUGGUGGAUCUUCUGGAACCAAGAUCAUCAUUGGAGGUGGAGGAGGUGGUGGAGGAUCCUCUGGAUGCUGUGGUGGAGGAUCUGGUGGUGGCAUGGGAGGAGGAUCAAAGAGCAUAAUGGGAGGUGGAGGUGGUGGUGGUGGAGGUUCCUCAGGCUGGGGCAUGGGGGGAGGAUCCAGUGGUGGAUCUUCUGGAACCAAGAUCAUCAUUGGAGGUGGAGGAGGUGGUGGAGGAUCCUCUGGAUGCUGUGGUGGAGGAUCUGGUGGUGGCAUGGGAGGAGGAUCAAAGAGCAUAAUGGGAGGUGGAGGUGGAGGAGGUGGAGGUUCCUCAGGCUGGGGCAUGGGAGGAGGAUCCAGUGGUGGAUCUUCUGGAACCAAGAUCAUCAUUGGAGGUGGAGGAGGUGGUGGAGGAUCCUCUGGAUGCUGUGGUGGAGGAUCUGGUGGUGGCAUGGGAGGAGGAUCAAAGAGCAUAUUGGGAGGUGGAGGUGGAGGUGGAGGAGGUGGUGGAGGCUCCUCAGGCUGGGGCAUGGGAGGAGGAUCCAGUGGUGGGUCUUCUGGAACCAAGAUCAUCAUGGGAGGUGGAGGAGGUGGUGGAGGAUCCUCUGGAUGCUGUUGUGGAGGAUCCAGUGGUGGCAUGGGAGGAGGAUCCGGUGGUGGCUCUUCAGGAAGCAAGAUCAUCAUGGGAGGUGGAGGAGGUGGUGGAGGAUCCUCUGGAUGCUGUGGUGGAGGAUCCGGUGGUGGCAGUUCUUCAGGCCACACCAUCAUCAUCAGCUCUGGAGGGGGCAGUGGAGGGUCCCACCAGUCCAUGCAGCACAAAUGCCCCAUUACCAUUCCCCACAUCGAGUCCCAUCAGAUCAAGCAGCCCUGCCACUGGCCCCAGAGCCACCAGAAGUGA